AUGUUUAUAUGGGCGCAAUAUCAUAAUGAUCCUGGUGGUUUUUAUCUUAAAAAUAUUGAUCCAAAUUUUUGUGCACAUUACAAAUAUAUAAAACUUCGUGAUGAUAUUUUAAUUAUUGGUUAUGAUAAUUUAACAUUAAGUAAUGAUUGAUAUCAUACUGAUCUUGAAUAUAUAACAAAUAUUGGUUUAUAUGAUAAAAUUAUAAAACAAAUGAAAAGAAAAAAACAAAAUGAAAAAUGACGAAUCAAAAUAUGAAAUGUUUACAAAUCGAUGGACGACAAGUAUAAUGUUAAUUCAUAUUUUUUAAAAUAUUUUAUUUUUAUAUUCAAUAUGAUAUUUGAUGAUGGGCAAUUUAGUGUUCUAUUAGAUGAUGGUACUACUAAUGCAUUAAUAUAAGAUAACAGUAAAUAAAUAUGAUUAACAUAAAAAAAGAAAAUUGUUUUAUUUUAAAAACAAGUAAGUUCUUUCUGCUAUUAAUCAAAUUCUUCAACAAAUUGAUGACGUUCUUCGUAUGAACGGUUGUUUUAUAUGUAUAACAUUUGCUCAAAAACAUAUGCUUAAUUAUAUAUUACAAUAUUUGUUUAAUAACAAGUAUGAUAGUAGUUUGAGAAAUAAAAUAUGUUAAAAAUAAACAUUCUUUCGAUCAUGACUUCUUUAUUAUCAUCAUAUUCAUACAAGAAAAUCAUUUGUGUUAUCUGCAUUUGUAUUUGUUUUUACAAAAAUAACAAUGAAAAAUCCAGUAUGUUGAAGUUAAUUAUAUAGACCAUACUGUUUAUUAAUAUAAAAUAUUCUUAAAAAUUUAAUAAAUCAAGAGAAAAAUUUUUAGAAAAUUUUAAAGACAUUUUCACUUUUUAUAAGCAAAAUUUUGCCAUAACUUGCCACUAGAAGCUCGUAGCUUUAAGGAGGCUUCGCUAUGAGACUGUUUUCCUGAUUUUUUAAUAGCGACCUGAUUUUCCUGUUUUUGAUUGAAAAUCGUGAUUUUAUCCUAACUUUUUAUGAUUCAUCUCUAUAGAACUAAAUUUACACAAUUAUGACGCGUUCUUUUUUUAUACUAACACGGAAACAUUUUCAACUGUCCAAUCGCUUUUGAGUUCGAAUUCUGCGCACGAGGUAGAUCGCAGUAAGAUGCGAAAAAUUUCACAAGGAUAAGUACCCAUGGAUAUUUUGUCCAGUGUUAUAAGGAUUUUACUGGAAUUUUAGUCUGUGGCACGGUAUAUACCAUUAGAUCGAAUGACGAUAUUUUGACCUGAAAUUGUUUCUACAGAUAGAUCCAUUUAUGAGUAGAAUGAACUUAAAAUUUCAACUAAAAAAUAUUUUCUUUCCGAGAUGUUAAACUCCUCAAAAUCACUGCUAUCCCACCCACGAUACUACAAUUUUCUGUUUUUUUUUGCAGUUUAAUAUUGAGAGAAGAAAAAAUUAUUUUGAGUUAAAAUGUUUCAGAUAUUCUACUCAUAAACAGACCUAUCUGUAAAGAGAAUUUUAGGUUGAAAUACCGUCAUUCGAUUUAUUGGUAUAUACCAUGUCAUAGACUAAAAUUCCAGUAAAACGCUUAUAGCUUUAGAUGGAAGGCCUAUGGGUACUAUCAUUUUUGAAAUUUUUCAUAUAUCACUGGGGGGGGGGGGGGGGGGUCUAGCUAGUGAACAGAAUCCAAACUCAGCAACGAUUUGGCAGUUGAAAACUUUCCCUCGUAAGAUCAUCUCUAUUAUACACAAUACAUUAGAAUGAAUUAGCUAUUUUGCCUUUUUAUAAGCCAUCGAGAACAAAUUCAAUUGAUAUUUUCUAAUCUAAGCAACCAUUUUGAAUAAAAUUCGGUGCUUUUCGACAUUUGAGAAGAUCUAAUUCAAAAGGAUAGAUCUUCCAGAGAUAAAUGUUUAUAACAUUGUAUUAGUUUAAUAUAUGGAGUGGAACACAAACUAAACUAAACAAUAAGAAAGAAAGUACGAAAAGAAUGAAGCACGAUUAAUAGUGUGUAUCUAAAGAAUAUCACUUCGUUGUAGAACAUAUUCCUUCUCAAUUAGUUAUGACAUUUAUUGAAGCAACAUAAUAUGUUUUAGUUUCAAUUAAUCAUCAGUACUUCAUACAUUUUUAUGCAGAUUUGCUUCUAAAUAGCAAUAUCAGAAUAAAUUUUACGAUGUUCUGAUUUUUACCAAAAUUCUUAAGUUUUUCUUGAAUAUUCUUCUGUCUGUUUUCCUCAUUUCGACACAUAGGGCGUUGUGAAACCUGUUUUAGAUUUUCUUUAGUCAUACAGAAAGCAAUCUACAUCGUACUGCAUCAUUUCUCGUUAUUAGUACAGUUUCUUAUUGAAUCUUAUCAAGAUGAUUGACCAUUUUUUUCAAUAGUAUUACAUAUCUCCAAACUCAUAUUUUCUGAAGGUUAUUUUUUAUUAUUCGACGUUGUUAGAAAAAGAGAUUAUCGAAUAAUAAAUUAUUGAAUAUAGAGCAGUAAAUGCUGAAGAGAAAAACAGUGAAAUUAAGAACAUUGAAUAGAAAAAUUUGAAAGAAAAAUCUCAAAAAGGCGAAUGGCAAAAAUAAAGUUUUUGCUGUUCCAUGAAUAUUCAUGAAAAGAAAUAUUUUAUAUAUAAGAAAGAUCGAACAGUGCAAGUCGCCGUUUCGGAUAGGAUUUAUAGCAGGUUGUAGAGUUCGACACUAUCCUCAUGAUGAUAUUAAACGUUCAUUCUCAUAGAUUAUCUUUGAGAAAUUAGAAAAAUUUCAACUUCAGAAAUGUCGUUCGUUGAGAAAGGACGGAACCGAAUAUGCUAGCAAAAUUGGUCCUAUUUAAAAUUUCUUUCGUUUUUCUUCAUUAUUCAAGUAGACUCUGAAGCCAUAUCUUGUGUAUAGAUCACUCUAAGUGUGUCCUAACAAAGUGCAAAGACAAGAAGACUUGAAAUGUUUGAUCAAUAUCUUUUAAUAAAGCCACAAUGGUAUUUCUAUACCAAUACUUUUGAGUUUUUUAAAAGGUAUUGAUCAAACAUUUCAAAUCUUCUUGUCUUUGCACUUUGUUAGGGCAUACUUAGAGCGAUCUAUGAAUUAAAAAUGGCGUCGGGAUCUGUUCAAAUAAUGAAGAAAAGGAAUACAAUUUAAGGUAAAGAGAAGGGAAAUUUUUUAUAAUUUUCAAAUAGGGCCAAUUUUGCUAGCAUAUCCACCUGUGCUUUGAUUUUUAUAAUGCAGCGUUCAAAACUUUAGCAAUGGAUACGUUAGGAGCGCUAAUUAUAUCUGUAGUUUGAAUAACUCAAUACAGUAGAUGUAUGAAAUUGAACUAUUUUGGUAAAAUUUUUUAAGAAUACAAUUGAUGAUAUAUCUCAAG